AUGGGCAUCCUCCCUGUUUCGGAGUGGGCAUCCUGGAACACAUCGUUUGGGGGGCCAGGCACCGGGAGCGUGCCCCUCUCCGGCCUCUGGUACAGCACACACAAGAAGGAACCCUGUGAUGCAGAGGCCUAUGGUGAAUGCAGGGUCUGGACCAUGAUGAGUGCAAGGUUUGGAGGAAACCCCUCCACAUGUGGAAGCAAUGACUUACAGCAAAGCAAAUGCUGGUUCCUUGGACAUGGCUUCUUCAUGCUGGUUGAGAACCAAAUCAGCUUCAUGGGAGCUAAAAACUCCAUCAGAGUCUUAGCUAACAUGUCCGAUGACUUAACUGUCAUCCUGCUCAAAACAAAGUCAUCUUGCCAGCUGAUAUGGAUUGCACUUGAAGCCUUUUUCCUCAGCAGCCAAGGAUAUCUCCACUGGAGAGAAGUUCCUGUGAAAAACAACCAGAAUACUGAACUCUUGGGAGUUAUACUUGCUGCUGCUUCAAAUUUUCUGAUUAGUGUCUCUUUGAAUAUACAGAAAUGCGCUCAUCUCCGACUGGCUUGUGAAACAGAGCCGAAGCCCUACUACACAAGCAAGCUAUGGUGGUGUGGGAUUACCCUCCUGGGGCUUGGAGAGGUGGGCAAUGUCACAGCCUACGGAUUUGCCCCCAUUGCCCUUGUUGCUCCACUGGGAUGUGUAUCUGUCAUAGGUAGUGCAUUUAUUUCUGUCUUAUUCCUAAAGAAGACCAUGAGGGCUGCUGAUAUAUUGGGAGGAACACUGACAGUAACUGGGACAUACUUGUUGGUGACAUUUGCUCCAAGUGUACCCCAAGAGCUCACAGCAAGACGAGUACAGAAUUACUUAGUGAGCUGGCCUUUUUUGGUAUAUUUGAUUUUAGAAAUUAUAAUAUUCUGCAUUCUCCUCUAUUUUUACAAAAGAAAGGCUGUGAAACACAUCGUGGUUCUGUUAAUGAUGGUAGCACUACUGGCAUCACUGACUGUCAUUGCUGUAAAGGCUGUGGCCAGCAUGAUAACACUCUCUGUGAAGGGGAAAAUGCAGCUAACUUAUCCCAUUUUCUAUAUCAUGAUUGUUUUAAUGGCAACUUCUUGUGCUUUCCAAGUCAAGUUCUUGAAUCAAGCGACGCAUCUGUAUGAAGUGACAGCAGUUGUGCCCAUUAAUUUUGUGUUCUUCACCACCAGUGCCAUCAUUUCAGGGGUCAUAUUUUAUCGGGAAUUCCAAAGUGCAGCUUUGCUGAAUGUGUUCAUGUUUCUGUUCGGGUGUCUCCUAUCUUUCCUUGGUGUAUUUGUAAUUGCAAGAAAUAAAAAAGAGGAGCAUUUACAAAUUCCUUUUAUUGACUGUGGACAUAUUCCUGGACAAAAAUUGACAGGCAAAAUACAACCAGAUUCUCACAGUUCGUGCUAUGGCACUUUGAAUAAUGAAGACGACUCGGUGAAAAGCCAAAGCUGA